UCGUAUCUGGUAUAUCAAGUCCGAAAGUGUAUCAAUAAUAAAAGUUGUUAUUAGUUGAAAUUCAUAAAAGCGCACUUAAUUAAAGAGUUUGAGUUUGCUCUAGUUGAAAAAAAAUAAAGAAAAACCCCAUUUAGACACCAACAAGUACCAAAUACGGUGCGGUUAGCGUUGCCAGCGGCCAUCGCAAAACGCGAAGCAUUUUUUAACAGUUACGCGAAAUUCUCACGUGGCAAAAAAGAAAAACAACAACAAAACAAAUAUUGAAGAACUCUUAAUCAGUUACGCCUAACAAGCACACAUUGAAAAAUAUAUAUACAUUUUAUGAACAAUUAAGAAAAGCUGCAAGUGCAACGUAAAUACAUUAAACUAACAUUUGGUAAAGCAGAAGGGAGGACCGAAUUCUUGGACGGCGGUUUAUAAUAUAAUUCGUGAGCUUGUAUUGCGCACCCCAAGCAGGGGAAACAUAAUAUCUUAUAUGACUUUUGAAAGAUUGAGUGAAACACCAGCAAAAAAAGGCGCACCUCCAAUUCCACAAAAACGGAGUAAAAGCUUCGAACUGUGCAUGAAUUCAAAGAGGCGAACUAUAAGUCAUCGGACUUCAAGUAAUAGACAUCGGAAGUUACAGCCGUUCAGGUACACGUGAGCCAACAAUCGUGCCGUUCCAAUAGUUUUCUACUAA